GAGUAUAAACACCAGCAGGACCCACUCUGGGCUUUAAAACCUGCGAACACUGCCUCCAAACUGCUGGGGGGUGAUGUGCUGAAGUGGCACAGGGCAGAGCAGCAUGAGGCUCCAGCUGGAGAAGCAGCUCCUCUUCCUCUCCCUCCUCUGCAUUCUCUCCAAGGUUUGUGCCCAGCUGUGCCGGAGACCAUGCUACUGCCCCUGGGUGCCACCCCGCUGCCCCCGCGGGUCCCCCCUGGUCCUGGACGGGUGUGGCUGCUGCAAGAUCUGUGCCCGGCACCUGGGAGAGCCCUGCGACUUCCUGCACGUCUGUGACCAGAGCCAGGGCCUCGUCUGUGACUACAGCUCAGCAUCUGCAGGGACAGGAGGCACCUGCAACUUUGAAGACGAUGAGGAGGGCUGCGAGGUGAACGGCCGGGUCUACCGAGACGGGGAGGUUUUCCAGCCCAGCUGCAAAAUCCAGUGCCAUUGCUUGGACGGGGGUUUCAACUGCAUCCCGCUGUGCCAGGAGGAUGUGCGGCUGCCCACCCCGGACUGCCCCUUCCCCCGGCGCGUGGAGAUGCCAGGGAAGUGCUGCCCGGAGUGGAUCUGUGAAGCCCAGGACCAGCACCUCCCCCGGGAUGCCAGGGCAGAGGGGAAGAGGAAGUCGUUUGUAGCUAUGCCCACCCCGGAUUCACCCUGGAGCCAACGCCUCAUCCCGGCAAAGAGUCUGGCACAAACACAUGGCACUGUGGUUACGGUGAAGAUGGAGGGUGUUUCCACUGGGAAAACAGAGAGGAAAUUAUGGACUUCAGCUGCAAAGGAGGCUGGAAGCAGAGAACAAGAUCCCUGUGUAACACAUCACCUGCCUCUUCUGUAUACCCCACUGCCCCAGGCAGGGUUACUGGGCAGCAUUCCGAGUUCCUUAGGCUGAAUGAAAUGGGAAAUGGGGAAAUCCUUAUGCUCCAAGCAUAAACCCACCCAAGAAACCAGGAAUUGGUCGUUUUCUGGAUCACUGGGCUUCUGAAGAGAUGAUGCUGCUUCUCUACCACAUCAUGCAGCUCUGCUUUGCAGGGACUUCAAGAGAGACCACUUCCUGGCGCCUGGAAGCCAAAAUCCCAGGAGGAAACCCUCAUGCCCUGGUCCCCCAGGGAGGGAGCAGGUCAUCAAGUUGCACCCCGCAAGUCACUGCCACACCAGGCUGAGCUGCUCAACCAUGCAGGAGCUCAGCCAGCCCAUGGUACCCACCCUGCCUUCCCGGGCACGGGCAGGGUCCUCCUGAUGGCAGCUCUAACUCACCUUCCCC